GCUGCUGCUGAGUGGAACGCAUCAACCGGCACAGUUGUUUCCAGUGACACCGAAUCCUCUUAACACCUGAUUGUGUCACACUCAAAGCGUUCCGACGCAAGGACUGUUGUGCUAUAGUGUUACAUUAAAUGUACAGUGGCAUCUUUGUAAUGGCGCUGCUCUGAGCUGUAUGUUGCAGCGGUGUGAGGCUGUCUGACUGACUGGUCCUGAGUUCCAUCUUCUGGUCUGUCAGCAGAGCAGCAUGUCAGACAGUGUGAACCAGUCCUGUCUGAUGGGAGCCGAGGACACUGUCUCCUUCCUGGUGUGUGUGUUUCAUGCGUGGGAGGAAUGGGCCGGCCUUGGUCAGAUGGAGGACUAUCUGAGUGUUUUGGAGUACCUGCUGUGGGUCUUCACCCCUCUGGCUGUCGUCUUCAUCUUGCCCUUCCUCAUCGUCAUCCUCCUUUACCUCUCUAUACUCUUCCUUCAUGUCUAUAAGAGGAAGAAUCAGCUAAAGGAGGCUUACAGCAACAACCUGUGGGAUGGCGCCAGGAAGACCCUGGCUACUCUGUGGGAUGGACAUGGAGCCAUAUGGCAUGGCUAUGAGAUUCAUGGGAUGGAGAAGAUCCCUGACAAAGGACCAGCACUGAUAGUGUAUUAUCAUGGAGCCAUUCCCAUCGAUUACUAUUACUUUCUGGCCAAUGUUAUCAUCCAGAAGGGACGGACCUGCCACUCGGUCGCUGACCACUUCCUCUUCAAGAUCCCAGGUUUCAAAUUACUGUGUGAGGUAUUCAGUGUGAUCCAUGGCCCUCAGGAGGAGUGUGUGCGGGCUCUGAAGAACGGCCACUUGCUGGGGAUUUCUCCAGGAGGAGUACGGGAAGCUCUGUUCAGUGAUGAGACCUACCCUCUUCUCUGGGGUAAACGCAGAGGCUUCGCCCAGGUUGCCAUCGACUCUCAAGUGCCAGUUAUUCCAAUGUUUACUCAGAAUGUGCGGGAAGGCUUCAGAUCUCUGGGAACACUCAGACUUUACCGCUGGUUGUAUGAGAGGUUUCGUUUCCCUGCUGCUCCUGUUUACGGCGGCUUUCCUGUGAAAUUUCGAACCUUCCUUGGCGAUCCCAUCCCAUAUGACCCCAACAUAAAUGCAGCAGAGCUGGCAGAGAAAGUGCAGCAGGCGGUCCAGUCGCUGAUAGACCAGCACCAGAAGAUCCCAGGGAACAUACUGAGAGCUUUGUUGGAGAGAUUUCACACCAAACACAAAGACCAUUAGCAUCGACAACUGAGACAGACUGUCCAGAGCCAGAGGUCACAUUGGCUCAGAUGGCUGCAGUGUGCACAGGUUUGGUGCCCAUGUUAAUAUGUUGGAAUAUUUGCACAGCUUUCUUCACUGUCCCAAACACCACUGACUGCAGCCACUGAGGUUCCUUUUACAAAAAUGUUCUUUGUAUUGCACGUGUCCGAUAUGUGCUCUGUUCUGUACUGUGCUCAUUCCCAGGGUGAAUCGGUUUGAAGUUCCUGCAGUCGUUGGACGUUACAAUAAGCAGACCUCAAAAAGCAUUAAUGAAAAGGAAAUUAUUUGUCCAGCAUAGACUUGUACAAUAUCUUCUUUCUCGUCGUCUGAUAUCCUUUGUCUUGAUGAGUUAUAGUAUGAUCAGUUAAUUUGUAACAUAUGGCCAGAAUUGUAGUGACAUUAAUUAAAUUAACUAAUGUUCUCAACAGAAGAUAGCAAAUCAGUUUGAUUUAAUAUAACACAGUCACAAGCUGCCUCACAAGUAAGAUAACAACUAAACCAUAAAAACAGUUAAAGGGAGGAAAAGUCCAACAUAAAUAUGAACAAAUACCAGCAUACAGAUUCCAACACUAGAUGGCAGCAGGUGAGACAAUUUUGCUGAAUAAGUUUUCAGUUGCUUUUUAAAAACAUCAACAGAGACUGCACAGCGUCCGUCUGUAGGAGGAGCAUUCCACAGUGUUGGGGCCAUCACUUCAUAGGCAGGUGCUUGACUGUAUAAGGCUCUGUAUGUGAAGACAAGAACUUUGAAAUGAAUCCUGAACAGAGAGUUAAGAAACAACAGUGUCCAUCCUGUCUCCUCAUACCGCUUUGUACCUAAAUAGAUGAUGGUCUGAUAGCCCCUCUAGUUUCUACUGGCAGACGUUAAAAGCUACAAGUUGGCCAUUUGGUUUAAUAAGUAAAUAAACAGUCACAACAUGUCAAAUAUUCUUACUGAAAAGAAAAAAUACAACUAUACACCGUCUGAAUUCAAGUUUUUCUGUUUUACCGAACUAAGAUGAGCUUAGCUAUCUCAACUCAUCGUAAAACAAACUUAAAGCCCUCUUUGUCCCCUGCAGCGUCACGCCUCCAGAGCCAAAGCUAACUACAGCUACAAGUUUCAGUCCCGUGUGACGAGCAUCAGCAAGUUAUGCAGCCUUCCACUUCUGGCCAUUUCUUCCAAUUUGCACCUUUAAAGAUAUACUGUAGAUAGAUGUGGGGUGAUUGGUCAGUUGAACUUCUGGUUAGAUGUAAUUGGUCUAUCUCAGUUUAAAUAUAUGGAAUUUAUGUCUUUGUUGAAAGUUGCAAUAGAACUACAGUUAGUUCUUAAAUUGCAGGAACUACACAGACCAUUGCUUAUAAUGAUUUACUGUAAGAGCACUUUGAGUUUACACAUCUUAAGUUUCACUUGAUUGAAGCAAACAAUGGAACACACACUCAGUCCUUGGCUAGAGGAAUAGAUCUUGUCUCAUCAGGCAGACUAGUCAGAGCUGAACCCAGUUUGAUUUGACCCACUAUAAAAGGCUUUUUCAUUUUGAUUCAUCAAUUCGAGUUUCAUGUGUCGUAGUUGUCUCGGAAACAUACAGGGACGAUGAUCUAAGGUCACAGGAGUGUGACAGCAGGGUGUUGAUGAGAUUAACUUGUGCAUAGAGUUCCACGGCUACAAUAGAAAACAGCAGUCUUCAUUAUAGAGAUUACACAGUGCUCGUAAUAUUCGUUCUCCUCACCCUACAGAACCUUCUGACUGUCUGAGCCUAGCACACUGCCUGCAGCUGCACCUGCAGAUAUGAUGAUAAUUCCAAAAUAAUUUAAUUGAAAUUAAUGGAAUCACAUGUACAUGGCCAUGUUAUGAAUGAUUCUACAUCCAAGAUAGACUGGAAGGCUUCAAAUUCUACUUGGUUUUGUGUCAUAAUGGUUGUCAUUGUCUGUUGCAAGAGCAAAAACGUUGUCAUGAGUCCAUUAGUUGAUCACCACAAAAUUAAUUCACAAGAUUGGACACACAAAAUAUUUGUAGACAUUACUUGGUUGAAGAGGAUAUACAUUUUACAUUAUUUCUUUGGCAUGUCAAUAUUUCUUUGGCAAGUAGACAAGUAAUCAAUUACUUGCGAAAAACAUUAACUUAAAAAAUCAGUCAUGAAGAAGAGGGUUCGGUAAAAUUCAUUCUGAAUUCGGACUUUAAACUGAGAAAGAAAGAAAAAUCUGAAUUUUGACUUCAAUCCUAGAACAAAUUCAGACUUAAAUCUCACAAUUGUGAGGAAAGAAGUCAGUACAGACAUUGAACUCUAAGUUAUAAGAAAACAAAUAUCUGAUUUCUGAGGAAAAACAACUCGCACUGCAAAUACAUUCUUCAUAUAGUCCCUAAUCCUCUUCUGUAAAUAGGUAUAACCCUUUCAAAGCUGAGGGAUGCAGUAGAUGCCUUAAAUCAGUCAGUCAAACACCACAGGUGACUGACAAACUAGGACUAAAGUCAGACUGCAUUAAGUAAAGUUCAUAAAAACAAAGUGAAAUGAUUGAGAACAACAAAAUGUGUAAAUUACAUUCAUAGAAGAGGUUAAAAAAAAAGUGUUAAAUGUAUGCUGCUCUCACAUAAUAUGUCAGGCUGACAGGUAAAAGAGAAAAGUUGCCUAAAGGUCUUUUGCACUGCGGAUAAAUCUAAGGUACAGACAUUCAAGCAGGGAGGUAUAAUAUAGUAAAAAUAAGUUUCAAAAUGAACAGGAAGAAGCCAACAGGCAUCUGAUGUGAACAGUGUGAAGUCGUGUGUUGUCCCUCCGGCCUUGAGACGUGACCUCACUUUAUCUUAUUUUCAGGGAAAGAGCAGAUUUGAUGAUGAGACCUAGUCAAACAUAAGUCAACGUGUCUGUGUGUGUAAUGUCUAUGACCUGCCUUUUCCCCCACAAACCUUCAUUUGAAGCACAUUGCCAUUAUUAUGCAAGACUAUAGUUGAAUAGUUGUUAUUUUUGUACUGCAGAUGCUGUUUUGGGAGCAUAAUCUUCACCCGAUCAUUUUUAUAGCAUUCUCCACCACAGACACCGAACAAAUCUCAACAAAACACACGUCACUUCACAUUAUGAGUUCUGCUGGAGACCUACAGCACUGAAACACUCAGCUGAAGGAAAGGCAAAUAGAAAUGAUGCAUAAGCAUCUUGAACUAAAUGAUCUAUGCCAGAAUACCUUUGAAUUCAUUCUUAGGCUGUGUGUGUGUGUGUGUGUGUGUGUGUGCGUGUGUGUGCGUGUGCAUGUGCGUGUGUGUGCAAGUGUUUCUGGGAACAGACCAAAACUGAGCCUUUCACCAUGUGACAGAUACUUUCAGUGACUGCUCAUAGAACCAUCAGUAUCGUCACACUGUAAUAUUUAGCAUAUCAGUACAAAUACUUAUCUAUCACUUAAUUUGUGCAAACUUUAUAUGUGUAUAUUAAAAAUGAUGUAAUAUGAUCAUUUUGUUUCAUUCCUGGAUCUUCAGUGCUUUAUCAACAGUGUUGUAAACUAAUCAUGCACAAAUUAUGGUUUGGAAAUGAAGUGUUCUAGUCUUUGUCUGUAUCUCUUACUAAGUAUGAGUUUGUAAAUAUUGUGAUUCUACAAAUUUCACACAUAAUCUUCAGAGUGUCACUGCCAACUCAAAUGUUUUUAUUUUUAAAGCAGCCUUUGUGUGUGUGUGUGUGUGUGUGUGUGUGCGCGCGCGUGCGUGUGUGUGUGUGUGUGCGUGCGCAUGUAUGUGUGUUUUAAUGGUGUCUAUCUGGAUGCUUUUACUUCUGUGAACUGGUUGCCUUUUUCCAUCUUGAUGUUGUUACUUUGGAGAUUGUGUAACAUGUAUUUUUAAAUUGUGUUAAUAUAACAUAAAUGUUGCACUUUUAAAUAUUGAGAUCAACCGCGAAAUGUUAUUAAAUCUAUUUUUAUUUAGC